UGUGUGGCUUUCCUCACCAAAGAACCUUGGACGUGAACAGUUUCGCUGAAGAGCACCAUCCCCUUUGAAAUAACCAGACUGACAAGCCAGGCUUCAGUUAUUCUAUAUCAACCUGAGAGAAAGAAGUUGAGAUUUUGGACUCCGGAGCUCCAUCCUCUCUUAAAUCUCUUUCAGCGAUGGAGACCUGGACUGUCUGCAGCCCGGGCUUGUACUUCGCUCUGGGUGCGUGGCUCAUGAUAGUCACUCACACCUUCCAAAACACUAAAGCGGAGAUAAGUUGCGCAUCUUGUCCGUCUCCAGUUCAACUUCCCGCCGGCGAACUGCGCGCUAAACCAACAGAUGGAAUGAGCGCCAUCAAAAAUAUCAAAGUGGAGUUUAGAGAAUUCGGGUUACAAAAUGAAGAACAGGACAACAACCAAGAUGAUGCACCUGACUUUGGGAAAGACGCUGCUAUCGGGAAACCUGAUUUUGGUGAUGGAGCUGCGCUACUGAGAGGGAAAAGAAACAGCCCUGAGUUUGCCGAGUUUAUUGAGAUUGGGCUGCCAGGCCAAGCUGACCUGAAUUCGGGUACCUCAAGUGAACGGAUGCCGGACGGACUCAGGUCCACCGGACUGAGUAGAUCGGAGUUAAGAAAGACCAGGAAUGGACAACAGGAUGAGCACAAGAUCACAAGCAGCACUUUCGCCCUGACUGGGGACUCCGCACAUAACCACGCUGUGGUCUACUGGUCAGGACAAAACAGCAGCGUUAUCCUGAUACUAACCAAGCUCUUCGACUUUCACAUUGGCAGUGUCACUGAGAGCACUCUAUGGAGAUCUUCUGACUCCGGCUCUACAUAUGUGAAAAUGAAUGACAAAGUUGGGUCUAAGACUGUUCUGAGUUACCUCUACGUCUGUCCAACCAACAAACGAAAGAUAAUGGUGCUGACUGAUCCUGAGUUUGAGAGCAGUGUGCUAAUCAGCUCUGAUGAAGGAGCCAGCUACCAGAAGUAUCGCCUCACUUUCUACAUCCUAAGCUUGUUGUUUCACCCUACUGAGGAGGACUGGGCUUUAGCCUACAGUCAUGAUCAAAAGUUGUACAGCUCAUUAGAUUUUGGACGAAAAUGGCAGCUCGUCCAUGAACAUGUUACUCCGACUAGAUUUUAUUGGUCUGUUUCAGGUCUAGACAAAGACUUGGAUCUUGUCCACAUGGAGGCCCAGACGCCAGAUGGAAGUGUGCAAUAUAUCACAUGCAGAGUGCAGAUGUGCACUGAAGCUAACAGGAACUACCCUUUUCCUGGAUUCAUUGAUAUCAGUUCGUUGGUGGUUCAGGAUGACUACAUAUUCAUACAGGUGCCUACAUCAGGAAGAGCUACUUAUUAUGUUUCCUACAAGAGAGACCAGUUCAUCCAAAUCAAACUUCCAAAAUAUUCCUUGCCAAAGGAUUUACACAUUGUCAGCACAGAUGAAAAGCAGGUAUUUGCAGCAGUGCAAGAGUGGAACCAGAAUGACACCUAUAACCUCUACCUGUCUGACACUAGAGGCAUCUACUUCACCUUGGCCAUGGAAAAUGUCAAGACUACUAAAGGCAUGGGAGGGAACCAGAUGCUGGAUUUGUAUGAGGUGGAAGGCAUUCGAGGCAUGUUGAUUGCAAACAAACGACAGAACAACCAGGUAAAGACUUUCAUAACCUACAAUAAAGGCAGAGAUUGGAGACUCUUGCAAGCCCCUGCUCGUGACCUGGAUGGAAAUGAAAUUCAUUGCAUUCUGCCAUUUUGUUCACUCCAUCUCCAACUACAAACUUCAGAGAACCCCUACUUAUCAGGGGCAAUCUCCACAAAGAGCUCUGCACCUGGAAUUAUAGUUGCCACGGGGAAUAUUGGAACCGAAUUGUCAUACAACAAUGUUGGAAUGUAUAUAUCAUCUGAUGCUGGAAAUAGCUGGAGACAGAUUUUUGAAGAGGAGCACAAUGUUUGGUUUCUGGACAAAGGAGGUGCCCUUGUUGCUGUAAAACAACCUUCUGUGCCAAACAGACAUUUGUGGGUCAGCUUUGAUGAAGGGAGGCAAUGGACCCAACACAGCUUUUCCUCAGUGCCUCUGUUCGUGGACGGCGUUUUGGUAGAAGCUGGGGCAGAGAAUCAGAUUAUGACAUUUUUUGGACACUUCAGCCACCGCUCUGAAUGGCAGCUCAUCAAGAUAGACUAUAAAUCAAUAUUCACUGGAAAAUGUACUGAGGAGGAUUACCAAACGUGGCACUUGCACAAUCAGGGUGAGCCAUGUGUAAUGGGACAAAAACAGAUUUACAUGAAACGCAGGCCUGGGAAUUACUGCAUGAUUGGUAAAGACUACUCAAGAAUCCUAUCGGCUGAGUCCUGUAUCUGCCGAGCCCAUGAUUUUGAAUGCGACUAUGGAUACGAGCGGCACAGAAAUGGGAACUGCAGGCCCUCAUUUUGGUUCAAUCCUUCCGCAACUUCCAGAAGUUGUAGUCUGGGUAACAACUAUCUCAACAGUACAGGGUACCGUAAAGUGGUUUUGAAUAACUGCACCAAGGGAGUAAAAGAAAUGUAUACAGCUCGAAAGCAACAAUGCCCCAAGAAACCUCCCAAGGGACUUUUGUUGACCACCAAAGAUGGUAAAUUCGUUGCAAACAUGGGCACUAAUGUUACCUUCCUGGUUCAUCUGGAUGAGGGGGAUUCUUUACGGACGAAUAUCCAACUGGAUUUUGGUGAUGGCAUAGCCGUGUCGUAUUCGAACCUCAGCUGGGCUGAAGAAGGGAUCAAACAUGUCUACAAGUCAGCAGGGAUUUUUUGUGUCACAGCUUUGGCAGAAAACUCCCUGGGUUAUGAAACAACAACAUUCUAUCUGCAUGUCACGUGUCCUGUGGAGCAUGUUCACCUUCUUGCUCCCUUUGUCGUCAUAAGAAACAAAGAAGUUAACAUCUCAGCACUUGUGCUACCCACUCAUCCUCGCACCGUUACCUAUUUCUGGUGGCUUGGCAAUACCACUGAGGCAAUGCUAACAUUGGAUGGGAGUGUCUCAUACACCUUUCCCAAUGAGGGAAUGUAUUCUGUAACAGUUCAAGUAGCAGCCGCCAACAUAAUAUUCCAAGAUACCAAAACCAUAGCAGUUAGAGAAUUCUUCAAAUCUCUGCUUUUAUCAUUUUCCCCAAAUCUGGAUGAGUUCAACCCAGAUUUGUCUGAGUGGAGGCAGGACGUGGGGAGAGUAAUUAAGAAGGCUGUUCUCCAGGUGGCUGAGUUCCCAGAAGAACAGCUUUUGGUCGCUGUGCUCCCUGGAGUUCCAACUGCUGCUGAGCUAUUCCUGUUACCGAACAAGAACCAGUCACUGGACAAGAAAAAGAGUGAGGAGGAGCUUGAACAAGUAUCAAACAUAAUUGUUAAUGCACUCAACCAGAAUCUGGUGGCGUUUGAGCUGAGGCCUGGUGUCAGAGUGAUUGUAUAUAACACACAGCUAACGUUAGCACCCUUGGUGGACUCCAGCCCUCGACACAAGAGCUCUGCCAUGUUGAUGCUCCUUGCAGUUGUUUUUCUUGGCCUUGCAGUGUUUCUCAUCUACAAAUUCAAAAGGAAAAUACCUUGGAUAAACAUUUAUGCAGAGGUAAACCAGGAGAAAGAGCAAGAAAUGUUUAGCUCUGUAGGCCAAGGAGAUAACACACCAAAAAUAACACUGAAUGAGUUCUCAUCCAAAGACCUCAUGGAGAAAGAACUGGAUGCAAGAGUCAAAAGAGGAGUUGAAAAUUCCCGUGAAAGCACAAGGGAGAUUCCAAACUGUACAAGUGUGUAGAAUGUGUACUAUACAGCAAUCUUGUCAAGGGGUCUCACUUUCAGUUUUGUAACUCUCAACACAACUGCUGUUAAUAAUUUUCUAAGAGACCUCUUUUUCAUGGCCGUGCAUGGAAGUUAUGCUCAGCAAAAUCCAUGCCGCAAAUCAACAAAUUAAAUGAGAUUAUUGUAUUGUCUACAAACAAAACAUCAAUCAGUUCUGUGAGUGUAUCUAUCAGUACAUUUGUGAAGGUGGCGAAAAUCAUCUCUACCACAUAGUCCAAUAAUUUAAUUAAAAUAUUACUAACUCAUUCACUAUUAUUACCUGUUUGUAUUGGGUUGUAUAAUGUUUCAAAGACCCAUCAAGUAUCAUGCUGAAAGAUCAGAUUUAGCAAUCUUUUGAAAGUCUGUUUCAAAAAUGCAUCAGAGUUGUUUUGAUAAGGUGAUGGACCAGUGCCUGUUGCAACUGAAGUUUCAUUUUCUGUAAAUAAAUAUUGUAAAUAGUUGUUUUUCAGUCAGUUAUCCCCCAAACCAUAUUUACUCAUUUUAAGAGGUCUGCUCUUCUUGACAUCUUGAAAGAAAUGUAUAUUUGUUUCUACAUCUGACACAUUUUCAUACCCUAAAUUUUCCAGAAAUGUACAUUUGCAAAAUUACCAUGUUAAAUGGUCAUACCUUCAUUUUGUACUGUGUAUAGAAUGUCUACUGAGAUAAAACAUCUUCAAUAUUGACUCUGCCUCUAUCAAUAAAUUAAAUGUCAAAACUGGCGUCAGCACAGAUGCAAGGCGAGAUGUAGUGGGCGGGCUUGCAACUUGUACUAAUAUUCACUUAUUGGUGAUUGCAGUGAUCCCUCCAUACUUUGCGCUUCAAACUUCACACCAUAAAUCCAGAUUUUUUUCAAAUUUUAAAAAAAAAAAAAAAAACAUUUUAUUUAAAAAUGUCAAGAUAUAUGCAUGGAUACAUAUAGAAAUCAUUUUCUUUUUUAUACAGUGGGGCAAAUAAGUAUUUAGUCAACUACCAUUUGUGCAAGUUCUCCCACUUGAAAAGAUUAGAGAGGCCUGUAAUUGUCAACAUGGGUAAACCUCAACCAUGAGAGACAGAAUGUGGAAAAAAAAAAACAGAAAAUCACAUUGUUUGAUUUUUAAAGAAUUUCCAAAUUACAGUGGAAAAUAAGUAUUUGGUCACCUACAAACAAGCGAGAUUUCUGGCUGUCAAAGAGGUCUAACUUCUUCCAACGAGGUCUAACAAGGCUCCACUCGUUACCUGUAUUAAUGGCACCUGUUUUAACUGAUUAUCGGUAUAAAAGACACCUGUCCACAAGCUCAGUCAGUCACACUCCAAACUCCACUAUGGCCAAGACCAAAGAGCUGUCGAAGGACACCAGAGACAAAAUUGUAGACCUGCACCAGGCUGGGAAGACUGCAUCUGCAAUAGGUAAAACGCUUGGUGUGAAGAAAUCAACUGUGGGAGCAAUUAUUAGAAAAUGGAAGACAUACAAGACCACUGAUCAUCUCCCUCGAUCUCGGGCUCGAUGCAAGAUCUCACCCCGUGGUGUCAAAAUGAUAACA